UAUAAAUAAAAUGGGCUCUCUCUUCUUGUCUGCGCUAGGAUGGCUAACUUUGGUAGGACUUCUUAUAGUACCCCAGUGUCACAGUACAACAGUGGGUAUAGCUAAUGAAAUCUACCAAGAUAAUGCAGAAGUCAUGAAGGAAAGCAUUAUUUCUACCUUAGAUAUCAAAGACAAGUUUGAUUACGGAGAGAUUGUAGAAAGCUCAUCACUACAUCCAGAAACAAGCACAAAAGAAUCUAUUAAUGAAGAAGCUAACAGUGAAUCAAGAGUAGAAGAAGAUGAAUCGUGGAUUUACAGGCUAAUUGGAGGAUUUGGAUACAGCUUUUCAUUCAUUUUCCUUUCUGAAAUAGGAGACAAGACUUUCCUAUUCGUUAUAAUCUAUUCAACCAGAAUGAAUGCUCUAAAACUGUUUUUACUCGCGUCUCUUGUUCUAUGUUCGAUGCAUGUUGUGGGAGUAGCUCUUGGAGGAACCAUACAGCUUCUUUUUAGUACUUUUUGGAUCAAAAUGAUCACAAUAGCUGCCUUCUUUCUUUUUGGAGUGUUUCUACUUUACGAUGCCUUUACUGAAGAAGAGGAAGAAGAAGAUUAUUAUGUAAAAAUUAAAGAAGUCGAAGAAGAAGCUCAUAUCAAUGCAAUUCAUGACAGAGAUCAGGAGUUCUUUGGAACAGAGGGUGAAGGGCAUGACGAAAAUGACUUAGAGAAUCAAGAUGCCCCAGAAGUAGAACCUCAAGGGUUCCUAUCUAAAUGAGGAGAGUUCUUUAUUUCUAAAGAUUCUUUGAAAGUAAUUUUAACCCUUGUAGCAUUUGAAAUGGGAGACAGAUCACAAAUCUCUGCAUUUGGUCUUGGAGCUCAAUAUAGCUUCAUUGUAGUGUCCAUCGCUGGAGCUAUAGGCCAUAUGCUUGCUGUAGUGCUUGCAAUUCUUUUUGGAAAAGCAGUAGCUAAAUAUACAACUGAGAAGUGCAUGAACAUCAUUGGAGGAAUCCUUUUCUUGAUUUUCAGUGCAUAUACUGCUGUCGAAUAUUUUUAUCUUAUGGCUUAA